CUUUUACUGAAUGCCAGCCAGUUCAUCUUUCUUGCAGACUGAUAGCACAUUAAUAGGAUUCACUUGUUUGUACCUAAUUAAGGAGUUGUUAGACAUGCCGUGUGGAUCUCUUGACGUCAUAUGGUUGUCAUGUCAGGUUGAAUUUUUGGGCAGCAGCACAGAUAUGAAAGGUAUUGCUGUAAACUUGAGUUGUAUCCUCAUUAAAUCUUUCUAAGGAGUGGUAGGACAGACAGUGGUACUGGUACUUGUUAUAAACAAAUGGAAUUUUAAAUGCUCCUGGUAUUAUGUUCAGUAUCAUUGAGAGCUUAUAACUGUAUGUGGUUGCUGGUAUUUUUAGAAUCAUAUCACAUCUUGGAUCAUUAAUUAGAGCACUUUAAUACAUCUCCUUUUUUUUUGAGUCAGCGAUGCUCCUGUUUCAGUGAAUAUUUGUAUCUGAUUUGGAAUAUACAAACUCGACAUGUCGACAGUUUUCGAUACGUUGAUUAGCGAAGGCCUCUGCAUGGCAACAAGUGCGAUUGGCAUUGAUUCCAGCAAGAGCAACUAUGCAUCAAAGACAUUGCCUUCGACAUUUACCAAGACUAUGAAGAAGAUAACCAUGAGAGAUAGCCCAGCAAGCCUACAAUUUAAGAGCAUGACAUUAACACGUAAAAAGGCUAAAAAAGCUAUACUACCUAAUCCCAGUCCACCAAAAAAGGUUAUGGAGAAGGAUGUUGACCGUAUCCAAUCUAUUGAAAAGGAAUUAUCCCGGUCUCUGACAUGGUUUCAACAAGUAAUACAGAAAGGAGUAAUGGUGUCAAGUUCAGCAACAGAUAUUCUCCAAAAAGUGAUCGAACUGCACACAAUCCUUAAAACUGCUUUAAAUAAUGAAGAGAGUACCAUGUUAAUGUCAGAACAGAGUCGGGUAUACCAGAAUUUAGCCAAGCUCAUACACUGGGCCGACAAGAUGAUGUUAAAUGGCCAUAAGGAUAUUGAUAAGGCCUCCAUUGAGGUAAUAGCAAAGGACAUGGCCGAGGGUGUGUCCAACCUGGUCAAGCUGACUGUAACUAAGUUGGAGGAGAAGGAAGAGUCCAAACGUCGUCAUUCUGAUACACCUGCACCGGUAUCAAAAGCAAGGGUGCAUCGAAUAUCAUCACUAGAUCCAGCAGAUAUUUCUAAUGAUUACGAUACACCUCCGUUAAGUCCAAAGGAACGGGAGAUACUAGAAAAUACACCAAUAACUUGGUCAUCAGAGGGAGACAUUCAUAAUGGUUGUCAUAGUGACCCAGGAGAGGAUCCCACCGCUCCUCCAAAGCCAUUUCUUCCUGAAAACAGAGUUUUAAUUCAACAGACAUUGGAUAUGUCUGACGAAAUUCCACCGGCAUUGCCGCCCAAAUUAAGAUAUUCAACAAAUUUAAACCGGUCGAGCUCAGGUAGUUCUGGCUCUCUGAUGAGUCACCAGUCGGACAUGAGUAGCUCAAGUGGCUCAGUAAGCCGGACAGAUUCCAAACGCAGUAGUCAGAUAUCCAGCACAACCAGCGAGGAUAGAGUCUCGCUAGAAUCUUCACAAAUAUUGUUUGAUAAAGAGAAUCGGAGACCGUCUCCGCUUCCGGAUCAUUUACAAAGUAUUCAUUUGCAUCCCUUAUCGGCAAGUUAUGAAUCGGGUUCAGAAACAUCUGAUGCAGGUGUCCUAAGUGAUACACCACCUGCAUUGCCUGAAAAACAGCGGAAUGUACUAGGCCGUAAACUUUCUGAUUAUGAUAAUAUGACAGACGAUGAUGGGCCUAUGUACACAAAUAGAAAAAGUCUAUUGUCUAUUGAUGGUGAACACUGCUCUCUCCCUACGGAUAUGGUUUUUGAUAUUCCUUCGGACGAGAUCGACGGUGGAGAAGAGGCACCACGUCACAUUAAUAAUUAUCUUGGUCUAAUUGAUGGGUACACGGAGCAGCAAUUUCAGGCAUCGUUUGUGUCUGGUAGAAUGCCUGCCUGCCAGCCAGGUGAACGGAGGUCUUUGGAUUUUCUUAUGUCUUCAUUCCCUGAUGAAACACCACCAUUCCCUACGGAUAUUUGCGACACUCCUAAAGGAAGCACCUUGCCUCCAUCACUACCAAUUAAAAUGAAGGAUAUGGCUGGACUGGAAAGACAACGACUCUACUCAAGUCCUGAGAGGUCUCGUGCUCAAAAUCUAGAACUUAAGAAAAAAUCUGAGAGUAUGAUCUACAGUAGUGAAGAUGUGAAAUCAGCUGGUUUGGAAAACCCUUCAGCAAUAGAAGCAGAUUUUGAUGACGAAGGCCGAGGAAUUCUAAAUAAGAUAGAUGUAUCAGAGUACCUUGUAAGAAGUGAAGAAGCUGUCCCAUCGGAUGGGAGCCCUCCAAUACGAGGUGGCCCAGUCGAUGCUCUGAUUGUAUAUGCCGCUGAUAUGGAUAAGAAAGAUUUAGUAUUCUAUGAAGCAUUCUUGACCAGUUAUAGGACGUUCAUUCUACCUAAAGAUCUCAUAGAUAAAUUAUUAUACCGUUAUCGUAAAUUUCGCAAUAAGCCGGAUACAGCGGCCCGGUUAAGUCGGAAUGCUUUUUUCUUACUGCUACGUGUUGCUGGAGAUCUCAUAGGUCAAGUCGACAAUGAAAUACUCAAGAAUUUGAUGGACUUGGUGUUCCAGUUACUGUGUGACGGAGACUUAAGUCUGGCCAAAAUUUUACGAGAGAAAAUUCUAUGCAAAAUGGAAAACAAUAAGGAUUUAAUACUGAGCACCGCUAAAGUCCCUGUGUGUUCACUUCCGUCAACUAUCAAGUGUGCUUCACUAUUUGAAUUCAGUACCUCAGAACUAGCGCAGCAGAUGACAAUUCUAGACUCAGAGCUGUUCUUAAAGAUUGAGAUUCCUGAGGUGCUACUUUGGGCGCGGGAGCAGUCGGAGAAGUUGAGCCCAAAUUUGACGAUAUUCACAGAACACUUCAACAAGGUCUCGUACUGGGUACGUUCACUUAUCUUACAAGAGUCGAAAGCUAGUGAUAGGGAGAAGUUACUACAAAAGUUUAUCAAAAUAAUGAAGUAUUUAAGGAAACUAAAUAACUUCAAUUCGUAUUUGGCUAUACUAUCAGCCCUGGACUCGGCACCAGUUAGGCGGUUAGACUGGCCCAAGUCAUAUGUUGAGGAUCUUAAGGAGUAUUGUAUUUUGAUUGACAGUACUUCAUCAUUUCGUGCUUACAGAGCAGCUUUAGCAGAAGCUGAACCGCCCUGUAUUCCUUACCUUGGGUUGAUUCUUCAAGACAUUACAUUCAUUCAUAUUGGUAAUCCAGACUUACUGGAAGAUGGAAAGAUAAACUUCACAAAAUGUUGGCAGCAUUUUACAAUACUGGAUAGUAUGCGAAGAUUUAAACAGUACCAAUAUGACAAUCUUGUAAAGAAGGAAAAUGUACUGUCAUUCUUUAAUGGAUUCAAUGACUAUCUAGACGAGGAAGCUAUGUGGCAACUCUCAAAGGCUAUCAAACCACAAGGAGGACAGAAAUAAAAGUGUUAACAAAGCAAUAGAAUGUGGAAGUCAUAUACAGGAUAUAAAAGAGCUAGGUGUUGGCAAUCACAAUGCCUCCUGUAGAAGGUUUUGACAACCACACCACCUGUAGCUGGUCGUGGCACGUGUCUGGAGACUCCAUCCACCAGUAUCAGCUUUCAAAAAGUACACCUUCACCAGUACCAGGAGUCGACAUGCACGCUCCACCUAAAGAUUGUGUUGCCCAACAUUCUGUUCUUGUUCAAGAUGUCACAAGAUGUACUGCAUCAUGGUGGUGAAAGUGGAACCAUACACACCCCCAUCUGCAAAAGGUGUCAACCAACACCCUUGUGUCACAAAACACACCAAGACACCGCCACCUGUACUAGGUGUAAAAAAUACACCUUUACUAGGAAACAGUAAACACCGUCCACCUGUGCUAGCUGUCAUAAAAUUUAUUGCAAUAUGCCAAUGAAAUUGGAAGCAAAUGAACCACCACCUGUAGAUCAGGAUGGUCGUCGAAUCCAAUUUACUACCUCUUUUGGUCAUCUUAUUGAUUAAAAUACCCCUUCUGUGCUUGGUGUAUUAACUCAACUGUAUUCACUGUGGGUCAAAUUAUUCAUUAUAAGGCUGGCUGGUAGUCUUGUAAUAAUCAAAUGAUGUUGCCUCUCAGAUCAAAAUGAGUAUGAUAACUAAUUGGACAAUAAUGAGCAAUUUGCCAUCGCUCCCAAAAAUUGUGCAUAAUAUGCAGUAUAUACAUUGAAAGGGAUAAUUAUUUAUAGCCAAUACAUUAGGCAUACUGACAAAGUGUGAUACAAAUAUAACUGAAAUAUUACUAUUUGCAAUACACUAAUCGUAUAAUCUGUGUAUUUUUUUUACGAACUUAUAUUGUGUAACUUGCCAGAAAAGCUUAGAAUAACUUUGUACAGGUAUACAACAGAAAUUAAAUCAUCACUUUUGGAUUGCUUUCCAUUCAAGAUAAUUUAUCAGUACCUGGACAUAAUGUAUACAGGAUAGUGUUACCUGGAUGGGCAGGUGCCUGGAUUAUAUCAUUGCUGGCAAAAGUUCAGCAUUUGUAAACGUUUUGGAGAGAGCAAUAUAAGUUGUUGUAAUCACCUGACAAGUUUUAAAAUAAAUGUAAUAUACACAGCACUUUCGUUACAGUGGGAUGGAAAUUUUAAUUGGGUGUUUAUGGGAUUUCAACAAAUAUAAUGGCUAUCUGGAGUGUGAAUCGAACAACUGAGUAAUCCGCUUGUUAUUCAAGGGGCAGGGCCAGUAAUACAUAAUGCCCCACAAACAUACAAGUUUACUAUUACGUAUGCUAUGGCUUCUGUUUGGUGGGAGCAUAGCAACAGUAUCCAAGGGCAUGGCUAUGGGGAACAUCCAUUAAGAUUUAGAUCUUACCUUCAAUGGUUUUUUGCUAGUUCAUUCCCGACAAACUGUGUUUGUAUUAGCAAUGAAUUCAGAUAAACAAUGUUUUUUCUAGUUACUUGGUAAACUAAAUUUGAUGUGUUUUUUUGUACAUCUACUUAACAGGGUAGUAGUUAGGUAACCACAAUCAAUAAUGUGUUAAUGAUAGAUUCAUUAAUUUGUUAAUUAAUCAAUGAUUGAUUCAUUAAUUAAUAGAUACAUGUCAUAUGACAUGAAAAAUGCAAAUAAGUACAAGUUGAAUGCCAGUGCGAAUUGAUACAUACCGAUUAAUGACAGAAAUCAUAACAAAGCAAUCUUAUUAUGUAGACAAGAAUAAUUACAAACCAAUCAAAGAAUAAGAUACCAAUAAUUUAUUUUAGGGAUCAUGAGAAAUACUUAAUUUACAUGUUGAAUUGUUUUAAAAAUGCAGGGAGAUCAAUAGCUGACAGUCCAAACCUGUAACUUAAUUCUCUGGCCCUUCAUAGUUUUGGAUAUAUAGGUCAAGUGUGAUGUCAUAAUUUAUUCAUAUCACUACUGUAUAUUGCUUGCUGCUGCACCUCUUCCGUGUGUAAAUUUGGUGCUGAAAACAUAAUAAUGACAAAAACAAUUAAUUAAUUACUGGAAAUUUGUUGAGACACUAGAAUAAUGUGUUCAUGGUCGAAUGAUGUGUUGAUUGAUAGGUUCACAGCAUUUGCGGAUACAGGUUUACAGGUUUUUAGUGAUACCUGCUGAUGAUUUGCUUUUUGAUUAAAAAAAGACACAUACAAACUGGGCAGUGAAAAAAAGUGGUUAUUUUAUUCAUCAAAAAUAGGAUAUGGAGAGUUAAGACAUUAUUAAAUGGUUGCUUCAUAUAGCACAUAUUAGCCCAAGACCUCUAGAUGCUUAACAUUUUUACCCAGGUCAUUGAAACAUAAUUCUUAAUGAAACACAUACUCAGCUCCCUGGUGGAGCGUUCCAUAAACUUGUAGCAUUUAAACUUAUGGUAUCAGGUACCCACCGUUUAAAAAAACUUGAACUUAACAUUUUCUCUGGGAUAGGAAUUGGGAGCUGUUAUUAGUUAGUAGUUAGAACCUAAGUACAAAGUAAAUCAGUUUAAAGAAUAAUAAUAAAUUACAUUUUGUAUCAGUAACUUAAAUGUGUACUACUCUUACACUUAUAUUAUGCAUUUUAUAUAUAAAACAGUGAUGUAUACGUUGCGUUAACGUUUUCAAUCACUCCCUCUUUGAACUAAACUGUUCUUAAUAAUGUUUGAUGUUGUGAUUUGCGUAAAGUGAGUAUUUAUUGUGAAUGUUUGCUCAUCAUAAAUCAAUUGUUGGGGGCAUUAGUCUAAGCUGCAUCGGGCUUAGGCAAUCUAGUAUUGAUUUUAAAAAUAUCUAUACAACUAUAGGUUUAUAUUUGAAUAGUUCUUGGUAAAAUGUCUCCUGUUGCAUUCAAGCCACAGAUGCAUCCAGUAGUAAUUAGGGCAAAACCCCUCUCACAUCACGUGCUUGUGACCACCUCAUAAGCAAUGUACAUGUGUGUGUGUGUAUGUGACAAGGCCUAGCAAAUAUCUAGACCACGGGUGGAAAUAAAAAUGGGUGAAAGUGAUUUUUUUUAUUUCACUGAGGGCUGAACCCAAACCUUCAUGAUAGAGAUUUACAGUCAGUUUUAAUAUCACUUUUAACUAACAAUCUGCCUUUGGGUCGUUAUUACAAGGGGUUUUCUAGCCAAAAAUGAUAGGCAGACCGCACACACAUAUUUUCUGCAUAUGUAUGAUGGCUCUCAAGGAAAAAAGAAAUCAGGCCUAAUUUUUUUCUUUAUGAAAUAUAGACAAGAAAAAUGAUUAAUUUUGGCCUUAUAUGUAGUUACGUUGUUCAUUACUUUAUUGCUGAUUUUAUACUUUUAAAAGAAAAUUUGUAUUACAGUAUAAUUUUGAAUAAUUUGUAUUUGCUCCAACCAUGGUUAUCUAAUUUACAAAUUUCAAGUUUUGUUGUGAAAAACAAUUAUGUUUUUGUUUUUUGUCACAACAUAAGACAAGAAAUAAACACUCCAAUGAUUUAACCAUUCCACUUCAAAAACCAAAUUUUGUUGGGGUUGAGCCCCCUGAACAUAACAUUGUUCAGCCUGGUUAUGCAGUAUUUGUCAUCAAUUUAGGAUGGGGCUGAAUAUUUGAGGGCUGGAGUGUAUUUAUCCGAUUAGUAGUUAUGCUUAUGUUUGAUAACAUUUUUUAAACUAUGCAAACCAUGUCUUAGCAAUGCAAUGGUGGCUUUUGCAACUUUUUUUUAUUUUAAGAGAAAUUUCUGUAGUUAGUGGUAGCUGU